GUCACUUAUAUCACCAGGCUACAGGUGCCUUUAUUUCCACUGUACGCUGGUGCUGGGAGCGCCUGCCUUCUCUUGCGUUGCAAGCCUUGCCCGUGGACCUAGCCAGCACUGUCCUCACAGUGAUGCUGGACUCGGUGACACACAGCUCCUUCCUGCCCAACACGUCCUUCUGCGACCCCCUCAUGUCGUGGACCGAUCUGUUCAGCAGUGAAGAGUAUUACCCUGCCUUUGAACAUCAGACAGCCUGCGACUCAUACUGGACCUCCGUCCACCCGGAGUACUGGACGAAGCGCCACGUGUGGGAAUGGCUCCAGUUCUGCUGCGAUCAAUACAAGCUGGACGCCAACUGCAUCUCCUUCUGCCACUUCAACGUCAGCGGGCUGCAGCUGUGCAGCAUGACGCAGGAGGAGUUCGUAGAGGCCGCUGGCAUCUGCGGGGAGUACCUGUACUUCAUCCUGCAGAACAUCCGCACCCAAGGUUACUCCUUUUUCACUGAUGCCGAAGAGACUAAGGCUACCAUCAAAGACUAUGCUGACUCCAACUGCUUGAAAACAAGUGGCAUCAAAAGUCAAGACUGUCACAAUCACAGUCGAACAAGCCUCCAAAGUUCUCACCUCUGGGAAUUUGUGCGAGACCUGCUUCUGUCUCCUGAAGAAAACUGUGGCAUCCUGGAGUGGGAAGACAGGGAACAAGGUAUUUUUCGUGUAGUGAAGUCAGAAGCCCUGGCAAAGAUGUGGGGACAAAGGAAGAAGAACGACAGAAUGACAUACGAGAAGCUGAGCAGAGCUCUGAGAUACUACUACAAAACGGGCAUUUUGGAACGGGUUGACCGAAGGUUAGUGUACAAAUUUGGAAAGAAUGCACACGGGUGGCAGGAAGACAAGCUAUGAUCAACUGCAGGCAUGCAGCUCCUCCUAAGGAUUUGUCCUUCAAAACAAUCACAUUGCAACAGACAUUUGAAAGUCUUUUUUUUUUUUUCAAACACUUGCAAAUGUCCUGAUAAAACUUCUCCACAGCUCAGCUUCUAUUUGGGUUCUGAGUUGCUGUCUACCUGGGCGUGUGGCAGCAACUCGUAAGAACCGACUUUCCCCAACCCCAAGGAGGAUUCUCUUCAGUGGCCCCUACAUCAGACAUUAUCCCCUUAAUUAAGAAUCACAGAACUACAAUAGCCAAUACCAUUGAUGCCAUUCAGAAAACCCACCCAACCCUGUGCCACUGGAGACACAUCCAAGACCCCCAGGGCAAAAGUUGAAAAGUUUUCAGAUAGUUUACUAAAAGUGGAAAGUGAUUCGUUUGUAGUUUAUAUGUAGGAGAGGGUAAAAAGUGGGUAAGACAUACUUUAAAUCACAACAGUCAAACUGCAUAGAAGGACUGAGUUUGUAGAAGAGCUAAGUCAUCCAACUGGACAUAAUUGGGAUUUAGCUUAGGCUAAAAACAAGUUUCUAAACCAAGCCAUCAUUUCUGACUAUUCAGCAAAAACUCUCAUGGCCAUCCUUCCAGAGUUAGAAAUCUAAUGUUAGCCACAUGAAAUGUUGCCAAGUUUGUUGCCCCUUUUCUCCCAAUCAGUGGCUGGCAUCAGAUAGGCACAGGUCAUCAACAGAGGCUUGCAUCAAUCUCCCAAUCACCACUGUUUCUAUGAUUCAAGCUGUCGAUACGAUAAAAUCCAUCUUGUUGAUUCUAUCUGUGGUCAAGCCAUUAAACCUUUGAUACAACUGAAAAUGUUCCAAAACUUCUGUCAUGGCCAAAUCUGAGUCUUUCCUUAUGUCUUCCUACCUGAUGUGCAGUCAGGCUCUAAAACAUGUAUUUCCUUGACAAAAAUACAGUGAACUUACACCAUAAAUGUUCACUGUACUGCCAUUUCUGGUCAGUCACGGCAUGGGAGUCGUUAGCGACCUCCAGCCAGGUGAACUGCCCCAGGAUGUCAUCAAAGUCGCGAUCAUCAGCUGACGAGGCACUGAACCACAGUCCAGGCUGAAGACCUCUGUGCAAAGAGUUCAACCUUGAAACUAACUUGUUUUUAAAAAAUGUGAAAUACUGUAAGAUAAUCUAUUUUUUGAUUCACAUGUUUUCCAAAUGGAUAUAGUUUGUAAACAAUGUGAAUAAAAUAUUU